AUGAGUCAAAUCAUCGCUUUUCUAGGCGCGACCGGUGGAUGCGCUCGUGCUUGUCUGAUUGCCGCGCUCAAAGAUGGCCACACCUGUCGCGCUCUCGCACGCACACCUUCGAAGCUCACUGCCGCUUUGAAGUCUCAAGGUGUCCCAGACACAACUCUUGCUGGCUUGGAAAUCAUCGAAGGUAAUGCCAAAGACAUCAGCUCCGUCAAGUCGUUGCUCCAAACACCCGCCGGUGGUAUCGUCGACACAAUAGUCUUUGGCGUCGGAGCUGCUCCCAAGCUACGACUACACAUCAUGCCCAUCACCCUUGACGACUCGAACGUUUGUGGUACAGCAAUGGCAACACUGCUCGCCGCAAUCGGCGAACUCAGAGCGACCACAAAGCCGAAGCUUCUCGUCAUUUCAACCACCGGCAUUACUCGUGGCCCUAGAGAUGUUCCUCUUCUCUACGUUCCUCUUUAUCACUGGUUCUUACAUAUUCCUCACAUUGAUAAGCGAACCAUGGAGGGCCUUGUUUGGGAACAGAAGGAAAAGUCUGAUGCUGAGAGGUUGAUUGGACCUUUCGUGAUUGCUCGGCCGACACUGCUGAUGGAUGGAAAGGGUGUUGGGGCCGAGUCAAUCAGAGCUGGUGUCGAGAGUAAGCCUGCUUUGGGAUGGACAGUCGAUCGUAUAGAUGUGGGAAACUGGCUUUUCGAGAAGGGUGUCAAGCCACUGGACUUGGGAGAAUUUAGGGAUGAAGCCAUCAGUCUGACUGCUUAA